UGCAUCCACAUCUGAGAAUUAAGCCUAUUCAGAACAUAAGAUCAAUUUGGACUUGUCAACUGAUGGAGAAUUCAAAGGUUUCUGUAUCAGUACAAGAUGUUGUUUUGCUAACACUUCUAGUAGGUUUUUUAGCGUUGAAGGUUGUAAAUGGUCAAAUAAACACGGCGUGUACAAGUUCAAUAUUUAGCACUUUCACCCCUUGUUUUAAUUACCUGACUGGAAGCAGUGGCAAUGGGUCUUCGCCAACUGAAGAUUGCUGCAAUUCACUAAAGUUAUCAAUGAGUGGGAGCAUAGAUUGUGCAUGUCUUAUAGUUACUGGCAAUGUUCCUGUCUCCAUACCAUUUAUUCGUACUUUGGCACUUUCACUUCCUCAAGCUUGCAAUGCUGGUGUGCCUGUCCAGUGCAGUGCCUCGGGGGUUCCUCUUCCAUCUCCAGGUCCGGCAUUGUUCGUGCCAGCCCCUGCGCCACCUCCUCCUCAUCACCAUCAUGCUCCUGCUCAUCCUCCUCGCCACCAACGUGCCGCUGCUUUUCCUCCUGCACUUUCUCCUCGUGGUCCACGAGUUGCUAAAACACGGGCAGCACCAACGGCAGUAGUUGAUCCACCAUCAGUAGUAGAAGAUGAUGAACCGCCAACAGUUGAUAAACCAACAACAACAUCUCCACUAAAACCUUCAUUACUCCCAAAGACGCUUCAAAAUCCCAACACCAACACUUCAACAUCUUAUAUUUCUUCAUUCUCGUCCCCUCUUAUACUAAUGCUUAUUGCACUAGUAAUUUUAUUAAUUCGAUGAAAAAUGAAUAUUGUUUUUAUUACAGCCUGAAACCUUUAGGGCCCUCUUGCACUAUUCUAAUUUUUGUAUUAAAAACCCUAAAGAUAUGUAAGCAUCCAUCAAAGGUGAUGUAAUGUUGUUUGGACUUUUAAUUUACUAUUGCCUGUUUAACAUAUCUUAUCCUAAUUAAUCAUAUGUUUUGUUA